AUGGAGCUGCGCAGCCGCUCGCGAGCACAACCACCAUCACCCGCAUCACGUCCAGAUGGCUCAGAUACAACACCCUCGCCAGCAACUUCAAUACCAACCACACCUCCCUCACCAACAGUCAACCUCCGCUCACUCUUUCUCUUUUUCCUCGCCUUCCGUCUAAUCAACGCCCUAGUAACACGGACGUUCUUCCAACCCGAUGAAUACUACCAAACGACUGAGAUCGCGCAUCGAGUCGUGUUCGGCCAUGGAUUUAAGAGUUGGGAGUGGUCUACAAAUCCUCAUUCUCCUCUUCCGGCCAAUGCAUCGUGGUUCCAGUUAGCGAGACAUAAUGUACUUAACGGCCCGGUACGGUCCAUCUUACACCCGCUUCUCUUCGUGCCCAGUUAUGCGCUGUUGAAAGUGACAGAUCUAGAUCAGACGUAUCUGCUGCUGCUGUUCCCGCGACUGCAACAAGCAGUGAUUGCGGCGAUAGGGGACUGGUUUACGUUUAGAUUAGCGCAUCGUAUAGGAGGCGAGAGGGUUGCUUGGUUUUCGACCCUGGUGGGGCUGACGAACUUGUAUGGGCUGUAUACGGCUACGAGGACGUUUAGCAAUUGUACAGAGGCGGCCGUUACGGUUGCUGGCUUGUUUUAUUGGCCUUUCAAACCUUUCUACUGCGGCGACGGGGCUGAGGUGGAGUACUUUGCGACAAAGAAGGAGCACUUAAAGCUUAAAGCAUUGGGUAAGAAAAGGCAGGAGAAAGGGAAGGGAAAUUGGCAAUCGCAAGAAGACCUCGCAUUCGAACAAAAGCAAUUGGCCAGGGCGAUCUAUGAUCGAACCCUCAAAAGAAGUCUAUGGCUUGCUGCUGGCGCAUGUCUUCUCCGGCCGACGAAUGGGGUAUUUUGGGUCUAUCUCGUCGCUGAGCUCUUCGUGAAGCAGCUGCGAUGUCUUAGAUCCCACAAGUCCAGCAGAUCAGGGGAAGGAGAAAGAUCUCUUCUUCCAACCCUAGAAAUCAUCGGCGAAACGGCCUCCCUCAUCCGCAUUCUCACCCUGAUCGGCCUCACCGGCCUCAGUUUUGCCCUUGUGGUGGAUACGACCUACGACUAUCUCUCGAACGCAUCACCCCACACUAGGCCCUUUCUACCAGCACUCAGCUUGGUUGCGUUCUUGCACAAGAACGUUGUCAGUAAUUUAAGCAUCUUUUACGGCGCAAAUUCAUGGCAUUGGUACUGGACGCAAGGUUUGCCAGUGUUAUGUACUUUUUGGUUGCCUGCUACGGUGUUUGGGUUGAUUGAUGCGAUGCUGUCAGUAGGGAGGGAGGGGAGGGGUGGGGAGGAAAAGAAGUCGCUAGCAAGACUGGUGUUGGUGACUGUUGGUGUGUAUAGCUUGUUGGGACAUAAGGAGUUUCGGUUUCUGCAACCUUUGCUGCCGGUGUUGAGUGUUUUAGCUGCGAGCGGGUUGGCGGUUUCUUACGUAAGUGAAGGUGGGGCAGCGGGUCAGGUAGAGUCUGAGAGGAAGGGUGGAGUAGCAAAGCAGCUCUGGAGAGCAAUCAAUAUUCUUCCCCUGUGGCUGCGAGCGGUGCUGUUAACACUGCAACCAGUCGCAGCUAUCUAUCUGGCCAGCAUUCACGGCGUUGCUCAAGAGCAAGUUCCUUACGAACUCGGAAGGAUAUACCGUCAACAGCAACGAGACCCAGUCGGAGGAGAAUCGGAGGAGUUCGGCACAGGCUUCGGUCGAAUCCACAACCUUGGCUUUCUCAUGCCUUGUCAUUCGACACCCUGGGCUACGCAUCUUCACAGCAAAGAUUUGGUGGACAGGAGUUGGUUCAUUCAGUGUCCUCCCCCUCCAGCACAGUCAGAAAUGACGCAAAGGCAGAAAGGGGUAAAAUACUGGGAUCAAAGUGACUUUUUCUACCAUGAUCCGAUCAAGUACUUGGUCGAAAGGAUGCCGUUUAAUGUUGAUACCUCCUAUCCUCCUUCUCCUGUGCCAGGGUCAGGGUCAGGAACAGGAGAGGGGAGGGAGGAAGUGUGGGAUAAAGGAUGGCGACAUACUUGGCCUAGUCAUUUAGUUGUUUUCGAUGCUUUGCUGAAAGAAGGGUCUAGGAAAGCGGGACACACGAGGACGCUGAAGAAUCUCUUGAGUUUGAAAGGGUACAGGGAGGUGGGAAGGUAUUGGAAUACAGUGAAACACGAGGAUGCGAGGAGAGAGGGUGAUGUUGUUGUGUUGGCCUAUAAGGGGCCGAAAACGCACAAAUAA